GGUGCGCUGCUGAUUCCAGUGCAGAGGGAAAGUGGGUCAGUGUGAAUAUGUACAGUCGCUGCGUUACUGCGUGAAUAGGAUCGCUGUGCUGCCUUUUACCGGUUUAGUGCCUGCCCGCAUGUCUGCACUUCAAGACUGAUUCUGAGGACUAGACUCUACUCUGUUAUUAAGAUUCACUGUGAGUGUCCUUACCUCGCCCACAGCGGAGCUCGUGAUACAGCUUCAUAAGAUGGUCUGAUAAACAUCGAUCCUCAUGAAUCUCUGUGACGAUCUAAUGGCAGACCAAAGAAUGGACAUUUCCUCCACGAUGAAUGAGUUCAUGUCACCCAGCUCUACUGACCUCAUCAGCAGCUCCAUCGGCACCCCGGGGAUGGAGUACACCCGCAAGAGGAAGGGCAGCUGCACCGACUACCAAAUUGAUGGAUUUUCAUUUGAUGACAAUAUGGACACGGACAAGGACAAGCAACUUGGAAGGGACUGCAUGGAUCAGCAAGGCCGGAUAAAGAAUGCUAGGGAGGCUCACAGUCAGAUAGAGAAGAGACGGAGGGACAAGAUGAACAGCUUCAUUGAUGAGUUGGCCUCGCUCGUGCCUACCUGCAGUGCCAUGUCCCGCAAACUGGACAAGCUGACUGUGUUACGCAUGGCUGUGCAGCACAUGAAAACAUUACGAGGUGCCGCAAACCCUUACACUGAAGCUAACUACAAACCGGCCUUUCUGUCGGAUGAUGAGCUGAAGCAUUUAAUUUUAAGGGCUGCCGAUGGCUUUCUGUUUGUUGUGGGCUGCGACCGGGGGAAGAUUCUGUUCGUUUCAGAGUCUGUGUACAAAAUUCUGAACUACAGCCAGAACGACCUGAUUGGCCAGAGCUUGUUUGAUUACUUGCAUCCUAAAGACAUUGCCAAAGUCAAGGAGCAGCUGUCCUCUUCUGACACCGUGCCAAGGGAGCGGCUCAUCGAUGCCAAAACUGGGCUUCCAGUGAAGACGGACAUCACCCCAGGACCGUCCCGGCUGUGCUCCGGGGCCCGUCGCUCUUUCUUCUGCAGAAUGAAGUGCAACAGGCCAUUGGUCAAGAUGGAGGACAAGGACUUCCCCUCAACUUGCUCCAAAAAGAAAGCUGAUCGCAAAAGCUUCUGCACCAUCCACAGCACGGGCUACCUGAAGAGCUGGCCUCCCACCAAGAUGGGCCUGGAUGAGGACAGUGAGCCCGAUAAUGAAGGCUGUAACCUCAGCUGCCUGGUGGCCAUUGGCCGGCUGCACCCCCACAUAGUGCCCCAGCCCAUGAACGGGGACAUUCGCGUCAAGCCCACCGAGUACAUAUCACGCCACACCAUUGAUGGCAAGUUUGUCUUUGUGGACCAGAGGGCUACUGCCAUUCUCGCAUAUUUACCCCAGGAACUGCUGGGGACGUCUUUCUACGAAUAUUUCCACCAGGACGACAUCGGGCACCUCGCUGAAUGCCACAGACAAGUGCUGCAGAUGCGAGAGAAGAUCAACACUAACUGUUACAAGUUUAAGAUUAAAGAUGGCUCCUUCAUCACUCUGAGGAGCCGCUGGUUCAGUUUCAUGAACCCCUGGACUAAAGAGGUGGAGUACAUCGUCUCCACAAACACUGUGGUCUCGGGCAGUACACUGGAUGGUGCGGACCCCAGCUAUCCUCAGCUCGCUGCCUCCCCCCAGAGCAUGGACAGCGUUCUCACAACCGAGGGCUCAGGGAAGCGGGUGCUGCAGACGGUCCCUGGUAUUCCUGGUGGAACGAGAGCCGGAGCGGGGAAGAUCGGGAGGAUGAUCGCGGAGGAGGUGAUGGAGAUCCACAGGAUACGAGGCUCAUCUCCUUCCAGCUGUGGCUCCAGCCCCCUCAACAUCACCAACAGCACACCCCCUCCAGACACCUCUUCUCCAGGGGGCAAGAAGAAUGGUGGAACUCCGGACAUUCCUUCAGCAGGCAUGGACUCCAUAGGAUACCCUUAUUCAAACAACUCCCUAUUAAGUGAUAAUUCCCACAUCGGCAUCAGCGACAUCAUGGACGACCCUGGCUCCAGCAGCCCCAGCAAUGACGAAGCAGCGAUGGCGGUGAUCAUGAGCCUGCUGGAGGCCGACGCCGGACUGGGUGGACCUGUGGACUUCAGUGACCUCCCCUGGCCUCUGUGAGAGGAGCCUGAUUCUCUGAGGGAUCAGACACAGCAGAUUGAGAACUGCACUCUGUCUCCAGCUUGUGUCUGCAUUAUCCGGGCCAGGUUUUCCAGAAGCAUCGCAGCCUAUUGAUCGCCGUGCGGGAAGAGCAGUCUCUGUAAGCGCUAUUACCAUAGAACUGUAGUUACGCUGCAGAGCUUUUCGGAAACGCAGGCCGGACGCGGCACCGGCAGCCGGCAGCCAGCAGCCGCCACUACAGCAGAAACAAGCCUCCUAUUGACUUUCCACAACACAAAGCAUUUCGCUUUCUCUCUCAACGUGAAGACGCCUAGAAAUAAAUCCAGCACACAAACAUUUUGGACUUGCUGGUGUUUUAUAUAUAUAAAUAUAUAUGAAUGUAUAUAUAUAUGUAUAUGUAUGUGUGUAUUCAUGUAAAUCACUCUGGACUCCUCCCGGUUCUCUGUAUAUGGCACGUCUGUUCUUUCCUGUAUUUUUGAUGUACUCACACACACACACAUCUCUAACGUAUAAAAGUCGUUUUUCUCAGAAUAUAUAUAUGGUAUUAUAAGUGUAUUGUAAGGGCAGUGACAUAUUUUUAAAAUAAAAAUACUCCUUUCUCUUGAUGUUGAUUAUUUUUGGGGAUGUCUGUACAGUGUGUAUAUAUUCUUAUAUCUGCAUUUUUUAUCAAUAGAAAUGCUCCAAAAUGAGGAAAGAAAAAGGAGCCUCAUUAACAGACAUGCAUAUCGUCGCUGUCCAAUGAAAAAUCUCCAUUUUUGACCAUUUUUAGUUUACUACAUAAUUUAAGCAGACAAACUGUCCCUUACACUGUGUCAAACUUCUCGAUGAACGGACCAAUAGAAACUCUUCAAAAUGACCUGAAAUAAACUCUUUUUACAUUGA